AUGCCUGCUGCUGUUGCAUCUCAAUGGAAAGACCGACGUCGGCGUGUGUUUCACUCCGUCUUUCAGACUGACUUCCACCAGCCAAGCGCCGAUUUGGCAAGCAACACUUCCUUUCUGGGCUUUAAGCAACCGUUUGGCGGGCACCAGCAACAACAGCAGCAUCAUCAUCGCCACCAUCUCCAUUAUGGACACCUCUCCCUUGCUCCCAAGGAAGAGCAGCCCGAAGGAAGACGCCCCGCCUCUGUCUCCUCACGAAGAGCCGCUCCAGGCCCGUCAUUCCAAGCGCAAAAACAGCCGCAACUGCAUUCAGGCUUACUGGGAUCUGGAACAGCAGACGACCAGGCUACGUAUGAUCGUGCCUGGAGUAUUGUAACUGCCAGCAUCUCCCUACCGUCGUCUGCCAUUGCUCAAGGCUCGCUUGAGCCUCUGACUGCCGAGUCACUACAGCAAUCCUGCCCACGAGAAGAUGUCAAUCCCGAGUUCUUUGAUGCCUUCGCUCUUGUCGUUAAUGCCAGCAUCCUUCUCCCUGGUGCCACACGCACCGCCGACAUUGUGGCAUGGCAUGUCAACCAAGUCAGGGCUCACUUUGCCCAGCACGUGAUUCCGCUAUUGUCUGGUUGCACAAUUGAUCCAGAUGAUGGUGAUGAGGAGGAAGCAGCAGGUAGUUUGGAACAUGACAUUGAUGGCAAGCGAGUUACUCGCCGGAGGAAACCAGCAAAAAAGGGAAGCCGUUAUGAUAAGCAUCUUGUCAUUGUGAGGACCUGUAUCCGCACCCUUGAAGCCGCUUUGCGCCUGUAUUUUCAAGGGAUGAACCAGAUCAUAUCGGGCUUUCGACGUCUGGCUGAAGACAACGUGGGUGUAGUCAACGAUGGUGGGGAAUUGUUAAACGCCCGCUUCCGUCGCGAUAUUUACGCUCUUGUCAGCAACUCUGCCUCGGAGGGGCUGAUGAGAUCGGUUAAAGUUGUCUUGUUUCAUCUUGUCGGUGUGAUCCUUGGGGUUCCAUGCCCGGAUGAGGUCGGAACACUUCAGGACUCCCGGCCAGCACCCCCUGAUCCUGCUGACCCGAAGGUUACAGCAGCUAGGGAACGUCUCCUCGAGCUUGUCAAGCAGCUUCAUAGCGUAGGUCUGGCUGGCGAACGCUUCCAUGUUCUGUUCGCCGAGGUAAUGGAUGCUAUGAUGUCCUCUUUCGUGACAGGGGCCUAUGCUGGUGUUUGGGGAGGUGUAGACUCGCGCCCACUCUCGGCCAGCAUGGAUGCCAUUUCACGAUCUGCAUCACUAUCUGCUUCAGCUUCACGCUGUAUCUCUUCUCUCAACGACUGGGUUGAAAACUGCUUUGCACGACUGAGUACGGAAGUCCUGUCGUGUAUUUCACCCAAGUCAUUGAAUACCUCGGCGGCGUCGAAAGCCACUCUCCAAACAUACCAGUCUCUCGCCCUCGGUAGACUAGCUGCUCUGCGCAUACAAGAACUCUUUGAUAUCGUCCUAGCGUGGCCUGCUUCCCGUGGUGCACUGGAUGACUUGCGUGCUACCAUUACGACACCUGCUCGGCGUAAACAGCUGACAGACAGUUUCUCUCAUGCUUUGCAAACGCGGUUGUUGCACCCAGGCUGCAGCACUCUCGAUAUCUUGCGCACCUACAUCUCGAUCAUUCGUACCUUGCACGCCCUCGAUCCCAGCAAAGUGCUUCUGAGUCACGUUGAACCGGGUUUACAGUUGUAUCUGUGUCAGCGGGAGGAUGCAAUCCGGGUUGUUGUGUCUGGUCUUCUUGCCAGCCCUGAAGAAAUGCGAGCCGCGCGGAAGGCUAAAAGUGGAACGGGAAAAGAGAAGGAAAAGAUACCAAGGACAGGUGAAGGGAAGACUGGGAGACGAAGGGCGGACCAUGGGCCGUUUGUUACUCCCACCAUGCCCCUGCCAUCCCAGAGGACUCCCGGAGGGGACAAGCGACGACGCGAGAGCACUCCAGAGGUCAUUGACGCCACGGAUAGUGUGAAGCAGGAGCAGAAUUCGAAACCAGCGAAGCUUGUUGAGCUUGCUCUGCUUUUGAACGAUCCGACACAGACUCGCCGUGUCGCUCCUGAUGCCGACGAUGACCUUGACUGGAAUGAUAUGAACUGGGUGCCCGAUCCUGUUGACGCUGGUGCCAACUACAAACGACCCAAGAGCGAAGACGUAAUCGGUACCCUUAUCUCGGCGCUCGGCAGUCAGGACGUUUUCAUCAAGGAAUUCUCAACCAUUGUUGCCGAACGUCUGCUGGGCGAACCAACGCGGUUCGACCAGGAGUUGCGUGUGCUCGAUUUGCUCAAGCGCCGUUUCGGCGAAGCAGCGCUGCAAAAUUGCGAUGUCAUGAUACGCGAUAUCCAGGACUCACGCCGUCUGGAUGCUACUAUCAACCGCGCACGGGUUCAUCGGCGACAAGUCUUGGUGACGCCUGCCAGGGGAUCUGGGAAGCGUGAUGCGCAAGACGAAGGAGAAAUGGAAUACCACGCACGCAUUCUCUCACGUUUAUUCUGGCCAAAUCUUGACCGCGAGCACUUCCUGCUGCCACAACCCGUUAUUGAACAGCAGAAGCAUUACGAACAGGGCUACGAGAGUCUGAAGAGUGGACGCAAGCUGACCUGGCUGAAUCAGCUAGGCCAGGCUUGUGUCGAGCUCGAACUGCGCGACAGAACUGUGACUGUGGACUGCAGUACUCUUGAGGCGACUGUCAUCUACGCGUUCCAGCAAGAAGAUCAAGGAGAGGGUUCCGACAGCCAGGUACCUGUCCGCAAGACUGUCGAUGAGCUCUACGAACGGCUCCAAAUGGAUGAGGACCUCAUUACAGCCGCGCUGCAGUUUUGGGUCUCGCAGGGCGUGCUCCGUCGCACAAGUGGCAACCAGUAUGUCGUGGUUGAGACCCUGCAAGAAGCGGAGCCUGAGCCGGAAACUGCUCCUGUAGGAGGAGAGGAGCCGGCGGCGGCAGAAGCUGCUCAGGGACAACCUGCUGUGGGAGUGGGAGCAGGGCUCUCGGCCAAGGAACGUGAGCGCCGCGAGAUGUACUGGCGCUACGUGCAGGGCAUGCUUACGAAUGCCAGCGCGACCAUGCCUCUGGCGCAGAUUGCUAUGAUGCUAAGGAUGCUGAUAGCUGAUGGGUUUCCGUGGAGCAACGAGGAGCUGGGAGAUUUCUUGUCGGAGAAGGUUAGCGAGGGGUUGUUGGAGAUAGUUGGUGGGAAGUACCGACUUGUUAAAAAGUGA